AUGGAUCCGCUCUCAGCGGAACAUGCGAACGGCAGACCGGCAAGUUGGGUUGGUUUCGACGAAAUUUCCAUGACUUCACCCCCAUAUGAUGGCCGGAACAGCGUUGCCACGGAGGAGAGGCUGGAGCUGGAAGAUAAUGAAAGGGCUGUUGUCACUCCUCUACCUACCAAAGAAGUUAUCGCAGGUGAACUUUGUAAAUCAUGUUUUGAGGAAAAUCUUACUAUAUCACUGGAUAUAUAUCACUCAAUGUUUGCUUUUUUUCCAGUGAAUAGUAAAAUUGUUGCUACGAUAUAUCCUGAGAAUACCAUGUGUUCUUGGGUCAUUCCUCCUCGCUAUGAUCCAUAUUCAGUUCCAUCCAUCUUGGCUGCUGAAGGUCUGACGGUUAGUAUCUAUUUUGUGAACAUUCGGGUUCUUUCUGAUAUUCUCAGUCUAGAUGUCAGCAGAGGACUACGUGACUUGGCCUUCUGGAUGACUCUUUCUAUUGUUAUAUUACUUAUUGUCCUUUUCGCUAACUCUGAAGGUGGAAUUCUUGUGAUGUCGUUCUGCCUUUUCUGGUGUGUGAUGUUGUUCGCUGGCAUCAUCGCUUGUGCCAUCAUUCGGAAACAGAUUCGAAUUGGUCUUCGCCAUUGUGUACAAUCUGCCAAUAAAGUACUAAUAAAAAAUAAUAUGAUAGCUGGUGUCGAGGAUAAAGGACAGCUAAGCUGUCACAAAGUUGUUGUGAAUCUUACUCUGUACCAUGGACUGGCGUGCGACUUAUUGAUAAAGUUGCUUUUUGACUUGUCCUUGAUUUUCCCUAGGUCGUAG